GUGUAUACGAAGCUGUGUAUUUACGUAAAAAGUACUAUUAUCUUACGUUGAAAGCAAUUUCAUGUCUACAACUGAUACUGAUUGAUACAGAUAUAGAUAGCGAGGUGUCAAAUAAUAGCUGUCAAAAUACACAUGUUUAUCUUAUAUAUAUACGCUUGUCAAAUACCUGAUGCUUAUAUAGAAAAGUGAUGAGUGUACGAUAUUUUAAGACAUUGGUUACUUUGCAACUAUAAAAAUGCCAUUCAAGUUCCAUUUAAAAAAAAGCAGACAGUACAAUGUUGUGUCCAAGAAUCAGUAUGUGAUUUGUGUCGAAUUGUUAGACGCUACUUCUAUAGAAUGCACACUCAGUAUUGACAGUGUUGGUCAAGAAUGCCUAAACAAUGUGACACAGCGUUUAGGAUUGGGACAACCAGAAUUUUUUGGUUUACGUUAUGUUUACUGUCAUGGUAACCCAGCGUUGCGUUGGGUGGACAUGGAUAAACCUUUAAAGAGACAACUUGAAAAGGAUGCCAAGAACUUUACACUUUACUUAAGAGUUAUGUACUAUGUCACAGAUGUCCAAUUCAUUCAAGAUGAAAUGACAAGAUAUCAUUAUUAUCUUCAAUUGAAGAGUGAUAUAUUAGAAGACAGAAUACAUUGUAAUCCUAGACAGGCUUGUCUAUUAGCAAGCUAUUCUAUGCAAGCUGAGUUUGGAAACUAUAGUCCAGAAAGACAUACAGUCGAGUGUCUCCAGCAGUGUACUUUCUUUCCAAAUGAAGUGAUCAAGAUUGAUUCGGGUGGACAAGACUCUCUCUUACAUACAGCGAUAUGUCAGUACAAGAGUCUUACCAAUGUUACGCAAGCUAGCGCAGAGGAACUGUAUAUCUCAAUUGUCAUGCAGCUGGAAGGAUAUGGCAAUGAAACAUUUACUGCCAAAGAUAACAGUAACAAUAAAGUUAUUCUUGGAAUUUCCAUCAAUGGGAUUAUGGUGGCCUAUCCUAAUACACAAACGCAAUUUUACAGAUGGAGAGAUAUCAGUAAUGUCAUAAAUCAUAAGAAAACGUUUAGAAUAGAAUGCCAAUUGGAGGGUGAAGAAGCGAAACAAUUUGUAUUUACUGAAUCACGUAACGCAAAAUAUAUAUGGAGAUUAUGUAUAGCUCAACACACAUUUUAUAUGCAAUAUCAAGAACAUCGUCCUCUAGAAAGAUCCAAUGGCUACUUUGAUAAUGAUACAAACGAUUCAAGCGAGCAAACGGUAUCCGUGAAUUUGGAUAACCGAGCCGCGGACAGUCAUAUGCGGUGGACAAGUUACAACGAUCUUUCGACAUCACCGUAUCCUGUCGUAUCUGUUUCGUCAACGGAUAUAAAUAAUUUGCGCGCGUUAUUACCGUCGUAUAGACCGGCGCCCGAUUACGAAACGGCGGUUCAAAUGAAAUACAAUAACGGAGGAAACGCUCCUCAGCCUUAUUAUGCGAAUCAAUCCGCGAUAGUUGGUUCGGAUAUUUCGUGCCUUCUUGGUAAUGUUGUAAAUCGUAACAGAUAUUGAAUUUAAUGAAAUAACUUUAUGAUCAUUAAAAGUUUUACUCAUCUAUAUAUAUCUGCAUCUGUUUUACUGUUUAUAUAAAUGGACAAUGAUGUGCACAAAAAGAGAUCCAAUAUGUACUGAGAUUAUUAGUAAUAAAUAAUAUUAAUAUC